CAAUCACUCGAUCAGACCCUCGGCAAACCGGAACAACCGCACAAGCAAGGGCGAUCACCACUGUUCACACUGAACCAGCGCACCGUGCCUGUGUAUACUUGACGAAUCCGCUCUAAAUCGCCGGAAUCAUGUCCUUCGUCUUUGAAUGGGAGAAGCUCGAUGACGAGGUGGCUCUCCAGAUCGAGGGCAUGAUCCAUGCUCACUUUCAGCGAAUACCCAAACCAUCCUUCAUGGGCAAUAUUGCUGUCUCAAAGUUCCGCUUCGGGUCUACGCCGCCGUCUAUUACAGUCCUGGACGUGACCGAUCCCCUCGAAGAGUGGUACGUGCACAUGGACCAAGAGGAGGCACGGUUAGCACAGGAGGCAGCAGAAGCAGGAGGAGGCGAGAGCAUGGACGAGGACGAACUUGCCAGUGGCGAUGACUACGAAGAUGACUACUCCUAUUCAGCGGACGGUAGCAUUGUCAUAGUUGGUGAGGGAGAUGAUAUCGAAUAUAUGGAACCGGGGCCCUUUGCGGAAGGGGAGCAGCUGGAGACCGAGGCCUGGUUGCAACAGCAGCAAGGCGUGCGGAAGAAUGAUGCGAGUAGUGGCAGUGACUCUUACAAGGAAGAGCUACAGUCGAAUCCUCGCUCUAGGGAUCCGUCCAGUCGUAAUGACGGACCAGCACCUGAACAGAACGCACUCGCGCCAACAGAGGAGCGCAGCAAUCGGAAUCUGGGGCUCGAUACCGACACCAGGAAUCUAGCUUCCGCAUCAAGAGGCACUUUUUCAUCGUCUCUCGACCUGGACGAUGUGCCUUCGGCCCAGGGAUCCGGCACGACUCACAGUUUGAGCUCUCACGCAUCGGAUGACGAGAUCGAGAGUGAGGCGUUUUAUACCCAAGGAGAGUCGACGAUCUACCAACGCAUGAAGAACCUAGUUAUCGAUCCUUCCACCCCAGCUCCUCACAGACCAACAUCCUCAGACGGAGAAUCAGCAAUAAACCACACCCAUCAUCCACAUAUCAGUCCCACACAUUUUCCGCCGACCCCAGGAGGACCUAAUGGGAACGUGAGUGGUGGGCUCGGACUCGGCCUUGGUGCCGGUAUCGGAUCGAGUCCUGGAUCAGUCCUUUCAUCCGUCAUGCAAAAUCGAUCCACGACACGGCCACUUUCAGCUGCCUCAUUUUACAGCUCGCCACCGUCGGCCACGACGGCAGUAUCUUCUACAAAUGCCGGUUCUGGUCAUCCACCCCCGCUACACUUCCCAGAUCUAUCAGGAAUGUUUGUCUCUGGAAACUCUCUUCUGGGACUGAGAGCUGGAACGCCCUCCAGGACCAUCCCCGGUACUCCGAGAGGAUUUGAGUCGCCUACAUUGGCAUUUUCGCGGCGGCAAAGCUUUUCAGAAACAGGUGGCGAUGAUUCCGGCAAGUUUUUAGCCGAUGACAGACCAGGAGCACUGCUUAGUGAGUUGCAGAGCAGGGAACAGGACCAGCAUAAUCCUUCUGUUUACAUGUCGCCGGUCGAGGCACUCAGCUUCGAUGAGUUUCCGCAGCAGCCCAAGAUCAUGGAGCACUUAAAGGAUGCUGAAAGUGCGGCAGUCAGAGGCGGUAGUAGUCGCAACGGGUCCCAGUCAGGUCGAUCACUACAUGGCGAUCAGAGGAGUCGAAGCAGCAGUUUCCGCCAUCAUGACUAUCACUCCGCUCAUUCAGAGCGACGCAACAGAUAUCCAGAUAGGAGACGAAGGAAGCGCGAGGAAGGGCGAGGUGGAUAUAGUCAGGGUGAACCAAGGACACCGGCAUCGUAUUUCCCAUCGCCCAUGCCAUCUAAACGACAUGAGAAUGAUAUUCAGCUACUGCUGUCGGUGCAAUAUCAGGGUCAGAUGGGGUUCACUAUCGAAACGGAACUACUUCUCAACUACCCGACAUUUGCGUUCUUGGCAUUGCCAGUGAAACUUGUCAUCACUGGAUUCUCGUUUAAAGCCAAAGUACUGAUGGGAUACUUACGCGACCAUGUCAAUGUAUGCUUCCUUGAACCGGAAGAUUCCAAUGAAAGUAUAUUAUCAAACGUCAGGAUCGAAUCCCAAGUUGGUGAUGAGCAGAAGCAAGCCGUGCUAAAGAACGUUGGCAAAAUUGAACGGUUCGUUGUCGAACAGCUCCGAAAGUUCAUCACAGAAGAUUUUGUCUACCCAAGUUACCACUCCAUCGAGCUCACGUCAUUAGAGAACUACAACGAAGGCGAAUAA